UUCUCUCUAUAUAAACCUAAUUACACCAUACUUGUCUAUCCCAACACACUUGUAUAAGUUUAAUUUUGUUUCAACUCUGAUAUUAGUCUCUCCAUAACUUGGCUAUAAGCUGCUACAUUUCAUAUAAGUUAACAAUGUCAAGCAGGAGAUCUCGUAGUUCAAGGCAAUCCGGUGUUUCGAGGAUUUCCGAUGAUCAGAUUAUCGAUCUUGUUUCGAAGUUGCAACAACUUAUUCCAGAGAUUCGCAGUAGUCGCUCCAGCAAGGUGUGUGCAUCAAAGGUUCUGCAAGAAACAUGCAGCUAUAUAAGAAGUUUACAUCAAGAAGUCGACGAUCUUAGCGACCGUUUAUCCGAACUCUUGGCUUCAACUGACUUAAAUAGUGCUCAAGCAGCAAUAAUUAGAAGCUUGUUCAUGGAAUAGAGAAUCCACCACAAGUAUAUGAUAUGCUAAUUUCUAUAUAGAUACACAUAUUCUAGGGUUUUGGUCAUUAGACUAUCAAUAGCUUAUGCGAUAACAAGAUUUGUAUGUGUAAUUCUACAUGCGCAGUUUCUAUCUUCGGUAUAUCUUAUAUAUUGAAUUUUCAAGAAAAAAGUCAGAUCUCUA